CGCUGGCAGCAAUGCAUGCUCCACGCAUUUGGCUUGCUCUUCGUUUGCUGUGAUGAACCCUCGGAGUACCUGUUCCCGUUGGUGCCGCGGUAUGCUGAGUCCGAUCUCCCUGGAGGACAGACCUACACGCAAGAAGAAGCGGUCUUGUAUUGGGAAAGCCUGGAGCAUACGACAGAAACUACAACCCAACCACCGCUAAAACGUGAACGAAAGAGACCCAACGUCGCAAGCUAUAUCACAGAGGUUAUUCGAGAUGCUUUAAAGGAAAUGCAGCCUACCACCUUGCAAGUAAUCACGCCCAACAUGACAAGCCACUCUUUGCGGCGUGGCGCUGCGGCGUAUGCCAAUGCAUCGCCGAAGCUUGCAAUACAGUGGAUCUCCACGCGUGGUGCG